GAGAAGCGGGAGCGAGUCUUCUGCUGAGGGAGGGGAGGGAGUGAGGGGCUGGGACUAGCGCUCUCUCGCUCUCUCUGCAGAAACAGCUCCCUGCCAACAGAGCGCGCGGAAUUGGCUUCGAAGAGGAGAAGCAGCCGCCUUGGAACAGCUCUUCGAGGUCGCCUUUUUCUCUCAGCCCCGCUUGCUUCCCUCUCCUAGUUGGUGGAUCUAAGCAAGAAAGACACUUGAACCCUCCUGAGAUAUUCUCUCUCCCCACCCCCCACCCCGCUCCAGCACUCUUCUUGGAUGCGUAUGAGUGUCCCCCCUCCCCUGCCCUCGGCUGUUUUCUCCCACCUUCCUUUCCCUUGCUGAUCUUUUCUCCUCUCCCCCCACCGUCUCCUCUUUUUAAAACAAACAAACAAUAAAGAUCUAAAGGAGCCGCUUCUCCUUCUGCCGCUUCUCGACGGUGUGAGCAGCGGCCAGAGGUGCUGGGCUCAAUUCUUUGGCAGGGUCCCGGAUGUUCUCUGAGGAUGCUUUGCAAUUGCACUAAAGGAGGCAGUAGUGGAAAGGAUCAGUUUUUGGGCUUUGAUGCAAUCAUGGGAAUCAGGUAAUAACCGAACGGGGGAAUUUUAAUCGUCGCAGAAGCUCCGGUUUCUUCCGUGAACUGUUCACCCCAUCUGCUGUUGCUUUUUCUUUUCUUUUUUUUCUUUUGGAUUUGGAGGAAUUAAAACCCUGGACUCCUGCUUGGGUUGUUUUUUUGGGGGGUGCUCCUCGUUCCUCUACUUAAAUGGUCAAUGAAAACAAGAGGAUGUACAUCCCAGAAGAAAACCACCAAGGUUCCAACUAUGCGAGUCCCCGUCCAGCUCAUGCCAACAUGAAUGCCAAUGCAGCUGCAGGGCUUGCACCUGAGCAUAUCGCUACUCCAGGUGCAGCCCUUUCCUGGCAGGCUGCUAUCGAUGCUGCCAGGCAGGCCAAAUUGAUGGGUGCAGCCGGCAAUGCAACAAUAUCCACCGCCAGCUCCACACAGAGGAAACGGCAGCAGUAUGGGAAACAGAAAAAACAGGGUACCACCACAGCUACACGUCCUCCCCGGGCACUGCUGUGUCUAACACUGAAAAAUCCCAUCCGGAGGGCAUGCAUCAGUAUUGUUGAAUGGAAACCAUUUGAAAUUAUUAUUUUACUGACUAUUUUUGCCAAUUGUGUGGCCUUAGCUAUCUAUAUCCCCUUUCCAGAAGAUGAUUCCAAUGCUACUAAUUCCAAUCUGGAACGAGUGGAAUAUCUCUUUCUCAUAAUUUUUACAGUGGAAGCAUUUUUAAAAGUAAUAGCAUAUGGACUUCUCUUUCACCCUAACGCUUACCUCCGCAAUGGCUGGAAUUUACUAGAUUUUAUAAUUGUGGUAGUAGGGCUUUUUAGUGCAAUUUUAGAACAAGCAACCAAAGCAGAUGGGGUAAAUUCAAUAGGAGGCAAAGGCGCCGGGUUUGACGUCAAAGCACUUCGGGCUUUCCGAGUAUUGCGUCCCUUACGGCUGGUAUCUGGAGUUCCUAGCCUCCAGGUGGUUUUAAAUUCCAUUAUCAAGGCCAUGGUCCCUUUGCUGCACAUUGCCCUGCUGGUGCUGUUUGUCAUAAUUAUCUAUGCUAUCAUUGGAUUGGAGCUCUUCAUGGGGAAGAUGCACAAGACUUGUUAUGUAACAGAGAGCUUAUCAGAUACACCAGCAGAAGAGGAACCCUCUCCUUGUGCACCUGUAUUUGCGCAUGGGCGGCAAUGUCAGAAUGGUACUGAAUGCAGACCAGGAUGGGAAGGACCUAAGCAUGGCAUUACCAACUUCGACAAUUUUGCCUUUGCCAUGUUAACUGUGUUUCAGUGCAUCACCAUGGAGGGCUGGACAGAUGUGCUAUACUGGAUGCAGGACGCUAUGGGCUAUGAGUUACCCUGGGUGUACUUUGUCAGUCUGGUCAUCUUUGGAUCCUUUUUCGUUCUUAAUCUGGUUCUUGGUGUGUUGAGCGGGGAGUUUUCUAAAGAGAGAGAGAAAGCAAAAGCUCGAGGUGACUUUCAGAAGUUGCGAGAGAAACAACAGCUGGAGGAGGACUUGAAGGGAUAUCUGGACUGGAUAACUCAAGCAGAAGAUAUUGACCCAGAAAAUGAAGAUGAGGGCAUGGAUGAAGAGAAGCCCCGAAACAAAAACGCUCCAGCUGGCUUGCCUGAUAAGAAGAAAGGAAAGUUUGCUUGGUUUAGUCACUCCACAGAAACUCAUGUGAGCAUGCCCACCAGUGAGACAGAAUCUGUGAACACUGACAAUGUGGCUGGAGGAGAUAUUGAAGGAGAAAACUGUGGAGCACGGCUGGCGCACCGGAUAUCUAAAUCUAAGUUUAGCCGCUACUGGCGUAGAUGGAAUCGGUUCUGCAGACGGAAAUGUCGAGCUGCUGUCAAAUCCAAUGUGUUCUACUGGCUCGUGAUCUUCCUUGUGUUUCUUAACACCCUCACAAUUGCCUCUGAACAUUAUAACCAGUCAGAAUGGCUCACUGAAGUCCAAGACACUGCCAAUAAGGUACUGCUGGCUCUUUUCACGGCUGAGAUGCUCCUGAAGAUGUACAGCCUGGGUCUUCAAGCCUACUUUGUCUCUCUCUUCAACCGCUUUGACUGUUUUAUUGUGUGUGGUGGAAUCCUAGAGACCAUCUUGGUGGAAACAAAGAUCAUGUCACCACUGGGUAUCUCAGUGCUGAGAUGUGUGCGACUGCUAAGAAUUUUUAAAAUCACAAGGUAUUGGAACUCUUUGAGUAAUUUGGUGGCUUCCCUGCUCAACUCUGUGCGCUCCAUCGCCUCCCUGCUGCUACUUCUCUUCCUCUUCAUCAUCAUCUUCUCCCUCCUAGGGAUGCAGCUCUUUGGGGGCAAGUUUAACUUUGAUGAGAUGCAAACCAGGAGAAGCACAUUUGACAACUUUCCCCAGUCGCUGCUCACUGUGUUUCAGAUCCUGACUGGGGAGGACUGGAAUUCGGUGAUGUAUGAUGGGAUCAUGGCUUAUGGCGGCCCCUCUUUUCCAGGAAUGUUGGUCUGUAUUUACUUCAUAAUCCUCUUCAUCUGUGGAAACUACAUCUUGCUGAAUGUCUUUUUGGCCAUUGCUGUGGACAACCUUGCUGAUGCUGAGAGCCUGACAUCUGCUCAAAAAGAGGAAGAAGAGGAAAAAGAAAGGAAAAAACUAGCUAGGACUGCUAGUCCUGAAAAGAAACAGGAGCCUGAGAAGCCAGCUGUGGAGGGGGAGACAAAGGAGGAGAAAAUUGAACUGAAAUCGAUCACUGCCGAUGGAGAAUCUCCACCUUCUAAUAAGAGCAAUGUAGAUGAAUAUCAGCCUAAUGAAAAUGAAGAAAAGAAUCCUUAUCCUACUACAGAGACACCAGGAGAAGAGGAGGAGGAAGAGCCUGAGAUGCCUGUUGGGCCUCGUCCACGCCCAAUGUCCGAAUUGCACCUCAAGGAGAAAGCUGUGCCAAUGCCAGAAGCCAGUGCUUUUUUCAUCUUCAGCCCCAGCAACAGGUUUCGGGUCCACUGCCACCGCAUUGUUAAUGAUAACGUUUUCACCAACUUGAUCCUCUUUUUCAUCUUACUCAGCAGCAUCUCUCUGGCAGCUGAGGACCCUGUCCGACAUACCUCCGUUCGGAAUCAAAUUCUCUUUUAUUUUGAUAUAUUUUUUACUGUCAUUUUCACCAUUGAAAUUGCUCUGAAGAUCCUAGGCAAUGCAGAUUAUGUCUUCACUAGUAUCUUUACAUUAGAAAUUAUUCUUAAGAUGACUGCUUAUGGAGCUUUCCUUCACAAAGGCUCCUUCUGCAGGAACUACUUCAACAUCCUGGACCUGCUGGUGGUUAGCGUUUCUCUCAUCUCCUUUGGGAUCCAGUCUAGUGCCAUCAACGUAGUGAAGAUACUACGAGUCUUGCGAGUUCUCAGACCACUGAGGGCUAUCAACAGAGCCAAAGGAUUAAAGCAUGUGGUUCAGUGCGUGUUUGUAGCCAUACGUACCAUAGGGAACAUUGUGAUUGUCACCACGCUGUUGCAGUUCAUGUUUGCCUGCAUUGGAGUCCAGUUGUUCAAGGGCAAACUAUAUAGUUGCACUGAUAGCUCCAAGCAAACAGAAGCAGAGUGCAGGGGCAAUUUUAUCACCUACAAGGAUGGAGAAGUGUCUCAACCAAUUAUCCAGGCUCGAAGUUGGGAGAACAGCAAAUUUGAUUUUGACAAUGUCCUCACUGCCAUGAUGGCCCUCUUCACUGUUUCAACAUUUGAAGGCUGGCCAGAACUGCUGUACCGAUCCAUUGAUUCCCAUAUGGAAGAUGUGGGGCCCAUUUAUAACCACAGGGUGGAGAUCUCUAUUUUCUUCAUUAUCUACAUCAUCAUCAUCGCUUUCUUCAUGAUGAACAUCUUCGUUGGUUUCGUCAUCGUCACUUUUCAGGAGCAAGGAGAGCAGGAGUACAAGAACUGUGAGCUGGACAAGAACCAGCGCCAGUGUGUCGAAUAUGCCCUGAAGGCCCGCCCCCUUCGGAGAUAUAUCCCCAAAAACCAGUACCAGUACAAAGUGUGGUAUGUGGUGAAUUCCACCUAUUUUGAAUAUUUGAUGUUCAUCCUCAUCCUGCUGAACACCAUCUGCCUGGCCAUGCAGCACUAUGGUCAGAGUUGCAUCUUCAAAGAAGCAAUGAACAUCCUCAACAUGCUCUUCACUGGUCUCUUCACCGUCGAGAUGGUUCUGAAAUUAAUUGCCUUCAAACCCAAGGGUUACUUUAGUGAUCCUUGGAAUGUUUUUGACUUCCUCAUCGUAAUUGGCAGCAUAAUAGACGUCAUUCUCAGUGAAACUAAUCACUAUUUCUGUGAUGCAUGGAAUACAUUUGACGCCUUGAUUGUUGUGGGUAGCAUUGUUGAUAUAGCAAUCACCGAGGUGAACCCAGCUGAACAUACCCAAUGCUCUUCCUCUAUGAACGCAGAGGAAAACUCUCGCAUCUCAAUCACCUUUUUCCGACUCUUCCGCGUGAUGCGUCUGGUGAAGCUCUUGAGCCGAGGCGAGGGCAUCCGCACACUGCUAUGGACCUUCAUCAAGUCCUUCCAGGCUCUUCCCUAUGUGGCUCUUUUAAUAGUGAUGCUGUUUUUUAUCUAUGCUGUGAUCGGGAUGCAGGUGUUUGGUAAGAUUGCCCUGAAUGAUACCACAGACAUAAACCGGAACAACAACUUUCAGACCUUCCCCCAGGCAGUACUACUGCUUUUCAGAUGUGCUACUGGCGAAGCUUGGCAGGAAAUCAUGCUGGCAUGCCUCCCAGAUAAGAAGUGUGACCCUGAAUCCUUGGAAUCAAACAACUCUACUGAAGGUGAUCAUUCCUGUGGGAGCAGCUUUGCUAUCUUUUAUUUCAUCAGUUUCUACAUGCUGUGUGCCUUCCUAAUCAUUAACCUUUUUGUAGCUGUUAUCAUGGAUAAUUUUGAUUACUUAACACGGGAUUGGUCUAUUCUGGGUCCUCAUCAUCUGGAUGAGUUUAAACGGAUCUGGGCUGAAUAUGAUCCUGAAGCCAAAGGACGUAUCAAACACCUAGAUGUGGUGACACUGCUCCGUCGGAUACAGCCUCCACUGGGUUUUGGGAAACUCUGUCCUCACCGAGUAGCUUGCAAGCGCCUUGUGUCCAUGAAUAUGCCACUAAAUAGUGAUGGGACUGUCAUGUUUAAUGCAACUUUGUUUGCACUGGUCAGAACAGCACUGAGGAUCAAAACAGAAGGUAACUUGGAGCAAGCAAAUGAAGAGCUGCGUGCAAUAAUUAAAAAGAUUUGGAAGCGCACCAGCAUGAAGCUGUUGGAUCAGGUUGUGCCCCCAGCAGGUGAUGAUGAGGUAACAGUUGGAAAGUUUUAUGCUACAUUCCUGAUUCAAGAGUAUUUCCGAAAAUUCAAGAAACGCAAAGAACAGGGCCUUGUUGGCAAACCUUCACAGAGGAAUGCUCUUUCCCUCCAGGCUGGUUUGCGCACAUUACAUGAUAUUGGACCAGAAAUUCGACGGGCAAUCUCUGGAGACUUAACAGCUGAAGAAGAAUUAGACAAGGCCAUGAAAGAAGCUGUUUCUGCUGCCUCUGAAGAUGAUAUUUUCAGAAGAGCAGGUGGCUUGUUUGGAAAUCAUGUCGGUUACUACCAAAGUGAUGGCAGAAGUUCAUUCCCUCAGACAUUCACCACUCAGCGCCCUUUGCACAUCAAUAAAUCUAGCAGCAAUCAGGGAGACACUGAAUCCCCAUCCCAUGAGAAGCUUGUGGAUUCCACUUUCACUCCAAGCAGCUACUCAUCAUCCGGCUCCAAUGCUAACAUCAACAAUGCCAACAACACUGCCUUGAGUCGCUUCCCCAGCCCACCAAGCUACCCCAGCACUGUCAGUACUGUGGAAGGCCAUGGCACCCCUCUAUCACCCACUGCACGGAUCCAAGAAGUUCCUUGGAAGCUUGGCUGCAGAAGAACUAGGACACAUUACUAUGAAACACUGGGGCGAUCCUGUUCCAGAGACAGUCAGGUGGCUAUUGUUUGUGAGGAGGAGACUUGUCAAGAGGAAGAGAAAUAUGAUGAGCAACUGAAUGAAGAAAUUGAGUACUGUGGUGAACCAAAGCUGGUACCAACUGAUAUGCUCUCAUGUAAAGAUGAUGAACACAGACAGUUAACUCCACCUGAAAACAACAUUAGAUACUCUCCAAAGAGUGGGUUCCUGCAUUCCUCAUCACUAAGUCGAAGAGCAUCCUUUCAUCUGGAGUGUCUUAAGAGACAGAAAAAUCAGGGUACGGAAGUCCCACAGAAGACAGCAGUGCCCUUGCAUGUGGUACAUCAUCAGGCACUAGCAGUUGCAGGCCUGAGUCCUCUUCUUCAAAGAAGCCAUUCGCCCCUAAGAUCAUCUCGGUCAUGUGCCACACCCCCUGCCACACCCUGUAUACAAGAUUGGUUACAGCAGCCUAUUAAAACCUUGCGGCUUGAAGGAGAGGAAUCCAAUGAGAAACUCAAUAAUAGCUUCCCAUCAAUACAUUGCAGCUCCUUGUAUUCUGAUAGCCCCAGCUCUAGCAGCACUCGAAAAGCCAGGCCGGUUUCCCUCACAGUUCCCAGUCAGACCAGAGAGUGUGGCAGACAAUUUCACGGCAGCGCUAACAGCCUUGUUGAAGCGGUCUUGAUUUCGGAAGGCCUGGUGCAGUUUGCUCAAGAUCCAAAGUUCAUUGAGGUCACAACCCAAGAGCUGGCUGAUGCUUGUGACUUGACGAUAGAAGAAAUGGAGAAUGCUGCUGACAACAUUCUCAAUGGUAACAGCAAGCCAAGCCACAAUGGCAACCUCUUGCCUUUUGUUAACUGCAGGGACCCAGGGCAGGACUGUAUGGGAGAGAAAGAGGAAACAGCCCAAAACCCAGAUUGUAGAAAAAGUCAAGAGGAGCCUAAGGACAGCAGGAUUUAUAUCAGCAGCCUGUAGUUGCCAAGGCUGAAAGUGAUGCUGGUUUUUUAAUUUGUUUCAAUGUUCCUAAUGGGUUUGUUUCAGAAGUGCCUCACUGUUCUCGUGACCUGGAGUAACCAGAACAGCGUUCUUCAUUCAUUUCCGUCAGGAAGAAUUGCAGAGUUGGGUGGUGUAAAAGAGCUUUUCAGGAGUGAAUAUACAACCCCAGCAUGUGUCCAUGAAGGAAGAAUGAUGACAAGUAAAAGGAGGAGAGUCAGAUCCCUCCUUUUCUCAGUCCCUGCACAAGGAACAACAGCUGCUUCCUGAAUGUGAUGGAAAACCUCAGCUUCCUGUGAAUGGCCCUAGCCAAAAGGACACUGCAUCAAACGGGUGUCUUUCAACUUUGCUUGUACAAAAAAGAAUCAUUUUGCACAUAUUCUGUAUGAGCCUCACCAUCUCCAUAAAGCCAAGGCCCUUUUGAUCUGCAAGUGGAAUAGAAGACUUCAGCAACAGAUCCCCACACUUUGCUGAGGAAGAGGAGUUGGAGGAGGAAGCAAAGUGGCAAUGGUACAGGAGAUGUAGAUGGCAAUAUUGCAGAUGCUUAUUAAUGGAAAUGCGGAGACUCCUAGGCAGACUUCUCUGCCAGUCAAUCAGAGCUCAGGCAGUCUACUCUGCCAACCAAUCAGAGCUCAGACAGCUAGCUGUGCCAACUGCUCAAGGAGCAGGAAGCCAGCUCUGUCAAACCGGAGUUCAGGCAACCCGCCCAUUUCAAAGAGAUGUGGUGAUGGGCUAAUGUAGAUCUCUCCUUGUUUUUGCUGUUUGAUAUUUUAUUGAAAGCAUGUUCUAAUUUUUAUUUUUGAAUACUUUAUUUUAUGGUAUUUUUUUUUGAGGGAGGGGGUGAACGGAGUGUUUACAAAGUUUUGUAAUCACCUAACUUUUUGUUUUCUUUCUCACCUUUGCAAAUGUUUAAAAUUGGUUUGAUUUGAUUAUGUUGUACUAUUUAAUUUUUUUUUGUUUCCCUCCAUUGAAAUUUGGGUAGAAACUAAUAAUGAUAUUAGAAGAGUUUUGCCAACCAUUAUGUACACCAGAAUUUGUAAUUUUAUUUGAAGUAAUGGAAAACUCCUUUUUGUUGUUGUUUUAUAAUUUAAAGAUAGUAGGCAAUGCACUUGAUAUAGUCUUGCACAUAUGAGUGAUCGAUUUGGAUUCUUUAUAGUGGUAGGUAUAUUUGCGGGUGUGUGAAUGAGUGAACAGGACUGAAUGAGAGAGUGAAUGCAUGCCUGAAAGUUUGUAAGUUCAUACAGUUCUCCACUUCCUGGUAUAACUGCAGGAGAGCUGUAUCUGGGGUCAUGUGAGUGUAAAAAUAUACCACUGUCUCUGCUUUUGAAAGGGGAAUCAGUAACUCUUUGCAUUUUCUGUUCCACAAGAUAUGCAAAAACAAUGCAAUAAUAUUAAUUUUGAAUACAAUUUGUGAAUUGUGUUGGCAUUAAAACUGUAUAGAAAAACAAAACAAGGGAAUUAAAGAAAACAAAAAAACCACACAAGUGAGAAGGAGUUACGUUUCGAUAUAUUCUGUGUGAUGUUUUAUUGCAUUGAUGAUGUUUCUGUUGAAGAAACCGUAAUACUUGAAUUCAGGUCAGUUUCAGUAUUUUUCAACUAUUUUUUUAAAAUGAAUUGCAAUUGUGCCAAGCAAAUAUGAUGAAUUAAGUUUGUUUAAGGGGAAAAUAACAAUUCUUGUAUAUUUUGCUGCAUGUAAAGUAAAUCAUUUCGUAUUUG